UACAGAAGUUUGUGAAUACUUUUAUGCAAUUCACUGUGAUUGCCAACACAGUUUGAUUUGCAGUAACUUUUAUCCGGUUUUACUUUUUGUAACUGGCUUAACAAAUAAACUACUCCAAGUAAAACUUGAUAAGGUUGGUUAUUUUUGCGGCGUAAAUCUGAUCUAUUAGCUUGAGUACUCCAUUAUAACCAGUCGUUAUUUCAAGAAGCUGUUAUGAUCAUGGUCCCUGGAAAAAUACAAUUAUAGGUUCAAUAUGAAUGGUUACAAAGUUCUUUCUGUGGCUAGUCUAUUCUUUCUAAUAUCUUCGUUAAUUCUGUUCGUCCUUGCUUUGAAUACAAACUACUGGAUUGUUGGAAAAUCAAAAGUUUCCAUGCUUGACUUAAUGAAUUUAACCGCUUCAACAAACGCAGAAAAGAAUUCGUUGAAUCCUUUACAAGAUCCUGAUGAAAAGAGCGAGUAUCCUUUUCAUCUUGGUACCAACUCCACGCAUCCGAUGUUAAGAAAUGCAACACCUCCUGUCAUAGACCUCACUGGAUUUAAUCUGACGCAUCUGUAUGCAAUGUCGAGGAAUCAAACACCUUUACUUCCUGAUCUGAUUGCCGACGCAAAUAUAAAAGUGAUGGAAAAAUAUGGCCUGACGUUGCUUUGUUAUGAGAUUACGAUGAUCCCAAAGGUGCCAAUUGGGGAUUUUCCCCAGAAAAAAUGUUUGAGUUAUGAAGAUAUAAAGCAACAUCUACAACAUCGUGCCCAAGAAGAGAAAGAAAUUUUCUUUCGCAUUUUUAAAAAAUUCAACACAGUUUAUUUCUGCAUGAUAGCCGCGGUUGUACUUACCGUAUUUGGUACCAUUGUUGCAUUUCUGAAGACACCAUGUAUAAACUUACCAAAGAAAAAAAUUAUGCUACUCAUCACCACCGUAACAUCAAUCUUCGGAGAAAUCGCCGCAUGUUCCGCAAUAUUUAUUUUUAAAAAUCAGUUGUACAAGUCAUAUGCUGACAAACAUCUUAGCGAGCUUCAACGCAUCACCACAUCAUCACCAACUGCAUCCAUCAGCAAUUUUUCAAAGUUACUUCAACCAACUUUCGACGAAGGUUCAUCAUUUACUAUGAUCAUUUUUGGAUGUGCGUUGUUAAUGAUGGGUAUUUUUUUAAAUGUGAUUGAGUUUUUUCUGGCACGACAUCCAAAUACUGAUGAAGAAUACAGCACAAAGCUGAAUGAGUGUGAGGAAUAUAAUUUGGCUUAAAUCGAAAAAAUUUCUGUUGAGACGCGUGUAAAUCGUUUAUGCAUAUAAAGAUGUUGUCUGAUCAAACAUGCGAAAAAAAUGGACAAUGAUGUUGCUAUCAAGAAAUAAAAAACUCUUCAAUACAACUUAAUUUUUCAACUGUUCGCUCCUCAUAGCUUAUUCAGAAAAACAAUUUUUGAACCUAAAUUUGUUAAUUUCAUUCGUUUUAUUCGUUUUCCACUUUGGAAUGAUGAGAUUCAAAUUAAAAUAGGCCUGUUGCGUGUUUUUUUUAUCUUCAAAGUUGCAUCGCUUAUACCUAAUGAAAAACAACACUAGUCUUAGCAUGCCUUCUAAAAACAUCACCAAUUUCAUUCCAAAAUAUAAAAAUAAAAUAUGUCCUGUAAACUCCUCAAGUCUUUACUAAAGAACGUUUGAACGUUCUUCUAAAAAAACUUAUAAUUUUAUUUGAAAUUUUUUUUUGAAAUUUUCCCUUCCUUUCCAUUAGUUUAUAAAAAUAUCCAAAUGUUCUUUGAACCCCCUAAUUUUUUGCAGAAAAAAACUGUUUUUUUCUAUGAAUAAAGAUUAUCCUCAAAAUUCAAAAAUAAAUAAAAUUUAAGCCUAAUUUUAUUUAUUUACGCAACUUUUUUUUUAACUGCUUAACAUUUUAACCUUGGAAAGUAUUUAAAGCAUUUGUGACAGUUGAUAUAUUGUCUAAAUAUGGAGUCGCUAAUAUGAUUUAUGUAGUGUAUAAAACCUCCUUGGGUGGAUUCAACUUAAAAUGUACGUCUUUUGAUGCUAUAUUAGGGAAAUCUGA